UCUGUCGGUGGUUCCAGUCAGUGCGUGUUAACUAAAUCUGCAAUAGUCGAGUUAUCGCGUAUUUAGUGACAUUUAAUUAGUUUAUAAGUAGUAGGGUAGUUAUUGGUGUUCCUCCUGUUAUUGGUGGUCCUGUAUAAUAGGGACAUAACUGUCAAAUAGAGUCCAAAAACAAGAUUCGUUUUUCGAACGUUUCACAAGGGCUAGGGAUUGGGCUGCUUGCUAAAAAUUUGCUAUUAAAAUCGAAUGUUUUCAUACAUACUUCGAAAACAGUAAGACUUAUAGACAGUGACAGUAUCCCAGAGCUUAAAUAUUUCCCUAACUAACAAGUUUCGGGGAAUUUCUCUAAGUUUUACUUGAAAAAGUCUAGGCCUAUUGUAUCAAUAUGGCCAAUUUCGAUGCCCCUAAGAGGAAAAUUUCUCAAUCUUUUGAAGGCCAUAGCUCUAAGAUAACUAGGCCUACCCAUUUGUCUAGUGAGAUGAUAUCAUCUCAGGGAAAACGGAGACGGUUGACAUCUGAAAUAUUAGAAAAUGAAUCCAGUACAGAUUCAUAUUCCAAUUCUAAUAUUCUUCUAUCAGAAAGCGAAGGAAGUGGAAGCGAUUCUGAUUUUGAAGAACAUUCUUAUUCAAGGUCGGUGACAUCAUUGGUUGAUACGUCUAAUGUAGACCUUGUCAGGGUGUUUGAUAAAACUAAUAGGCCUAUGAACUCCAGGCCCAGAGGCAGGCCAAAAUCAAAUUUAAGUUUGAAAAUGUCCCAGUGGGAGAAAAGUUGUCAGGAAAAUGGAAAAAGAAGAUCUAAAUGCACGUCCAAAAAUGCCAUGAAUGCUCGACUAAAUAGAUUAAAAAAGAAACAAUACAUUGAGAAUCUAGAGAACAGAAAUGCCAAACUGGAAUCAGAGAAACAAUCAUUGAAAAGUAUGUUAGGCACUAAGAUUAAAGAAGUGGAGUCAUUGAAGAGAAGAACAUUGUAUUUGGAGAGCGUUAUUAAAAAUGAAAGUGAAAUUGCAUCAGUGCUGCGUUGUGUGCGCCAGCACACUGGUUUGGAAGUAACGUCGUCUCUCCUUAGGCCGAGCACCCAACAUAGAAACUCCCCUGUUCCUGAGGAUCAUACUCAAGCUGAGAAACCCAGUACAAAUACUCAUUCAGGAUUGGAAACACCACAACCUACAGAGGAGGAAGCUUUUGCUGCUGCAGUUCUGUGGCGAUUGGCGUUGCACACUUUCUGCCAUCCUACAAGCAGUGGAAGUCGUCAACUUAAGUCAUCAUUGCCGAAUUACAAAUCUGACUCUCCCAGAGACACGAGCUAGAAGGUCGUAAGAUUGCUACCUGCUUGUUGUUUCCGGUACGUAACCUUAGGUAGGUCUAGUAUUUUUAAGAGUGCAUCAUUAACGAUAAAGGUUAUGUACAAUUUUGUAUUCCUCUGAAACUAAUCACUUUGAUAAUUUUUUGUAUUGAGUUAUUUGUUGUUUAAAAAUUAACGAUUGCUGUAAAAAUAAUAAAAAUUCUUGAUAACAUAAUUCAUAACCUAGAUUUAUUUCAAGUUCAAUUUUUGUGAUAGUGAGUUCAAGUUGGGAUUAUUUAUUGCAGACAUUAUCAUGAUUAUAAAAAAACUAAGCAUUCACAAAAACUUUUGAUUGACAAAAUAUCUCACAUAAGAGUUCUUUGUUGAUCUGUUGUUAGCACUUGGGACAAGUGUUCCGUUUAUAGGCCUAUCUGUAUUACACAUUUGCAGAAAACAAGACCGCAGAAUUUUGAGAAUACAUGCCAAUUCUUGUUCUUUAAAUGUUGAACAUUUAUAUGUGGCAAUGAAAGUUAAAAUCUGUUGCAGAUAGUUAUUAAUUAAUCUACGUUGGUUAAGAUUGAGAAGGAGAAGGGUUACUGAGAUUUCCACAGUUUUUGGCUCAGCCCUCUCUAGAGUUAAUUCAGUAGCUGCCAUGUUUCAGGCUGCUGCUGUCUUUCAUUUUAGGUAGGAUCAUAGUGAUACAUUCAGAAGUUAUGGAAGUCUAGAUCAACAAGGAACUUUGAUUUUCACACAAGUAAUACUCUUCAUCAAUUUGUGUGAAUACCUAAUGAUUUUACUUGGCCUUAAAGAUAAUACAAAAUAAUAUUUUAAGACUUAACAUUAAAAAAAAUGUAUUUCAUGUCCGUCUUACUUGAUUAAAUUUAUAGGGGCAAUUUAUUAUUAAUGAAGAUUGUGGGCUUCACUCACUUUUUAGUUUUGCUUCCUCUUACUUACUCUUACUCCCAGGGCCAUGCAUAUCUAAGAAGAUAUUUGGCCGCACCAACAAAGCCUCUCCAUCUUGCUCUAUCCUCUGCAUCCUCCUCAGUUGCUCCUAGUUGCUCCAUGUCUUUCUUUACUUGGCUCCACCAUUUUUGUUUUGGCCUUCCUCUCGGUCGCCUUCCUUCGGGAUUUCUUAGUAAAACUAAUUUUAACUUAUUUUGCUCCUCUCUUCGUAAAACAUGUCCAGCCCAUCUAACUCUUCUACACUUAAAUUCACACACCACAUCUGGAUCUCUGUAGAGUUCUCUCAGUUCUCUGUUGUGUCUCUUCCUCCAUUCACCACCUUCAUAAAUUGGUCCAUAAAUUUUUCUUAAAAUCUUAUUUUCGAAUGUGAUUAACUUCUUUUCUUCUUUUUUAUUUGGUUUCCAUGUUUCAGCUCCGUAUAAUAAUACUGGGCUGAUUAUUGUCUUAUAAAUUCUAACUUUGGUGUUUUUAGACAGUAACUUAGAGGACAUCAGUCUGUUGCAAGCGUAGAAACAUCUGUUUGCCAGAUUUAGUCUAUUUUGAAUUUCUAUUUCUUCUUUGUUUUCCCUGGAUAAGAUAACCCCUAAGUACUUAAAAUGUUCUACUUUUUCAAAUGUAUGGUCAUCUACCUGCAGUGGGUCCCCAUCAUUUACUUUUAAUCCUAAUUGUCCUGUUUAGUUUUGCUUCCUCAGGGUUGGAAAAACUAUUUCUAUCCCGCAAACAGGUCGAACGCCUAGCCACGACUGUCGGAUCAGUUUAACUUAGUGAAGGAUGUUUUUAUGUUAUUGCUAUAUGUUUUUUGUGUUUUGUUGCUAGUUAUCAGGUUUUUAUUUUGUACCACAACUGCGAAUGCUAUCUUAAUUUUUUUUUACGGUUCUUAUAUUAUUUAGCAUUCACACGCCUCAAUUUUUCAGAAAUAUUAUUAACAUACGGAAUACAUACUGUGGUCAGAGGUUUAUCUUGGUGCCGGGAUCUUCAGGACUAUUGACUUUAUUUAAGCUCUUUAAGGCUUUAGCAAAAACAAAAGGAGGGUAUCCACAGUUUUUGUGUUUUUUAUAUUUUCCAGUUCUGUUUUAAGAAUUUCAUCAUAGACAAUUUAUUAGGCAUGCACUUCUGUUGCAAAUGACACUAUUUUAUAAAAGGAAAAGAAAUGUAUCCAACUCGGAAAUUAUUCUCAUAAUGAGUUAAAGGAGCUAAUAAAUCAGCUGGGGAUGUGGGAAUGGGCCAGAUGUAGAAAUGUCAGUGGUUCAACUGUACCCUUCUCAAACUCAACCAAAGUAGAUGAAUCAAAACUAUCUGCUUACAAUUUCAACUUCCAUCACCCAGAGUUUGUAUGUUGGACGUUGAGAAAGAGAAUCAGCACUUUUCAUCAAAAUUUACGGACUUGUUUUCUGUAAUUUAUGCUCUAAGAGGACCACUUUUCCUCCAACUUCUUAGAGUGUUGUCCAAUUCCUCGUAAGCUAAUGUACUUAAGAGGUUAACUCUCUGACGAUUAAUUUACAGUCAGUAUUAUAAUCUUUCUACUGCUAGUGUAAAAUCUUUUGUACUAUUUAGUUUUUCUUUACUUAUUUAGGACAUUAAUGGUCUCAUUAUGUACAAGGGCAGCUUAUAAAAUAAGGGCCGUUUUUGUGUAUAAAUCCGUAGUUUGCUUGAACGCCACAACAAGGCUUCUUGUCACUUACUGACAUUCUUUGUCAACAGAAUGACAACAUUCUCAGCUCUGUAGCGGACAUGUACGCUUCUCUGUGUGUUAAAGAAAAUCUAGAAACAUCCACCUGACAUUCAUCUUCAGAUGACUGAUGUGUGCGACCCUGAUGCAAUGAUAGCGAUCAAAGUGCAGAAAUAGGUUGGAAAGUUUACAAUUGGCCAUGAAAAUGUUCAUAUAGGAAGGAAUUGGUUUUUUGGUGGUUACCAGUAAGCGUUGAGUAACCUCGUUGCGGCGUACAAGCGAACUACGGAUUCAUGCGCAAAAACAGCCCUUACUAAAUAAACCGCCCCUCGUAGUAACAAAUUUGUUCAGCUUUAUUUUUAUAAAUGUUUACGGUUAACAAAUUGUUUGCAAAAAUAGCUCAUAGUAAUAAACACAAUGAAAUAAUUGUUUAAGGAUAUGAUGUACAGUAAUUUCACGAGGAGUAAUAUUGUGUGUGUUCCAGGUUCCUUUUAUUCUCUGCAUUUUCACCACUGUAAGCCAGGUAUCGAAGUAUCCAAUUUAUUUUCUCUCAGUUGAUUCGUUGAAAAUACUAUUUGAUAUCAGAAAUAUUUUGUCUCUUAAGAUUCUGUCCGAACAAUCCAUGUGAUUUUUGUCCAGGAUAUCUUGGAUUUUUACAUUCAUUUAAUACAAUUUUUAGACAUUUCCUCUACGUUAUUGAUGCACUCUAAAAACAUUGCUUAUAGAAUGUAAGAUGUGUAAGAUGUUCCUUCUUGUUUUUGUACAGCCUUGAAAAGCUCCCAAUUGACUUGUUGAGUGAUGUAGAACAUGUUUUAGUUUUUAUAUCUUGUUUAUUUUGUAAAUAAAUUGUUGUUAAAAUGUA